AUGAUGUCAAAGCUUUAUGACGUACUCAUCGUUGGAGGUGGCCCGGCAGGGCUCUCGGUAGCACUUGGACUUGCGCGACAGCUGCAUACCGCUGUUAUCUUUGAUUCACAGUCUUACCGAAAUGAUGGAGCGGAAAACAUGCACAACGUAUCGACCUGGGACCAUCGGCCCCCGGCCGAGCUCCGUGCGGUUGCUCGAAGAGAGCUUCUCACCCGGUAUGAUACGAUCCAAAUCGAGAACACGUCCAUUCAGCAGGUGCGGAAGUCCUCUAAGGGAGUCUUUGAGGCGGUUGAUAGCACUGGGAAUGUUUGGGAAGGACGAAAACUCGUGCUUGCGGUAGGAGUACGGGAUAUUCCACCUGAUAUUCCAGGCUAUGUGACAUCCUGGGGCAAGAAGAUCUUUCACUGUCUCUUUUGCCACGGUUGGGAGGAGCGUGGGCAAGAAUCGGUCGGUGUGCUUGCAGUUGGCGAUUGUGCCGAUUUGGGCCCGGCUAUUCAUCUUGCACGCAUGGCUCGGCGCCUGGCUCGCAAAGUAACCGUAUACACAGAUGGGGCGUUGGAGCUCUCGCAAACUCUCUCAGGACCACUUGCAGCGGAAGGGUUCGAGUUGGUCUCCCCCCAUAUUGCGAAAUUGAGUGGAGGCCCUGGGGAUCAUGGCAUCACGGUGGAAUUGGAGGAUGGCACUCUCCAUCGUGAAGGUUUUAUAGUGCACAAACCCAAAAGCGAAGUCAACGGUCCCUUUGCAGAACAACUGUCUCUUGAACUUACCCAAGGGGGCGAUAUUUCCGUCAAAGGCCCGUUUUACGAGACUGCUAAUGUGCCUGGAGUGUUUGCCGUGGGAGAUUGCGGUUCUGUGGGCAAGGCUGUGGCUCAGGCUUUAGCUAGUGGACUUUGGUGUGCUUCUGGACUGGUCAGCCAGCUACAGGCGCCUGCUCCCUGA